AAGGGCUAUAUAGCCAGCACCACAUAACUGUUUUUUCUUUUUCUUUUUGGUUGAUGCUGAGCUUGAAAGUUGGCCGGCAGCCAGACCCUGUUCUACUGGCGUCUAUAACUUUCUCUACCUGCCUUACGGCUGUGUUGUGGCUCAAGAACAGUUACAGUCCUGUUCCCAAACUUUUCCAGUUUGGUUCAGCAUCUGACGCCGACGCCACAGUCUCACAGUUUCCAUGCGUUUGAAAAGAGGUGCGUACCUUGCACACGUCGAGGUGUCUGCAUCUUCUUGCCAAUAAUUAAAAAGUGCCGGUAUGUGUUGUUGUUGAUAAUAGACCAACUAGUGCGAUUUGUGUUAAGUGAUGUUUCCUAUGACGUGUCUUUCCCAGAAAUUUCCUACUGUGAUGCAAUGAUUUCAUAUAGAGUUGGAGAUUCAUCAUGAAUGAUCACCUGAACGAACAUCGCCCUCUCAAUCGUGCAAAGUCAUUUGAAUUCACGACUCUGGAUGCAGCCACCGUACCGCUGGCUCAUCAGUUCUCAUUUAAAAAGAAAACGUCCUCCCAAGGGCCGUCUAGAAAAACCUCUUCCAUAUUAGGCCCAUCUAGAAAAACGUCCUCAUUAGGCCCGUCUAGAAAAACCUCCAAAAAUUCGUUUAGGAAAAAAUCAGAAGUGAUGAUAGUGCCGUCACUCCAAGCCGUCGAACGAACGGCUCCCAACGCCCGCUAUUGCGACAGCAUUAAAACACUUUUCCGGUGGAGAGGAAGUAUAUACAAAUUAGUUUGGCGGCACUUUGUGAUCUAUUACGUCUUGUACGUUUCGAUGACUGUCUUGUACGAAUUUGUUUUAGAUGGGGAUGGCAGAAGGCAUUUCGAAGCUUUGACAAGGUACAUUUCAAAGAGUGCUUCGACUUUGAAUCUAAUGAUAAUGUUAGGGUUCUUCACGGCCACAGCCCUACAACGUCUUCUUGCCAUCCAGACAGCCAUUCCAGGUACGGCCAAAACCAUUUCUUCGUUCUUGAUGUCAUUAAAGAUGGACCUACCGGAAGGGACCAUAAUCGUAUUUCAGUACGCCCGAUGGGCGGUCCUCAGUUGGAUUCUCGCUUGCCGCAGUGUCAGUGUCCCUUUACGUGACAAGUACCCGGACAUGAUUUCUCUACAAAGGAAAGGAAUUCUUCGACCGUACGAGAGACUGAUCCUUGAACGCGCUGAAACGGAUGGGGAUACGACUCCCCGCCCUUUGAUUGUCAUUGAUUGGAUGUUGUUGUUGUUGAAAGAAUGUUUUAAAUAUGGUCGCUACAAUAGCAAAUCGAGUCACCACAAAAAUGUCGAAAUUCUCAUGGCGUUCAAAAAGAGCUGCGGCAAUAUGAUUAAAUUCGCUACCCGAAACAUGCCUCACGCUGUUAUUCAGGCUGUUAUAAUAGCGGUGUAUUAUUUCGGACUGGUCACGAUGUUGGCCCGUGAUUUGUCUACGCUCGUACCCAUACCUCAUCAGAGUGAUGGUGAUGCACCCCUAGAUUCAGGACCGAAAUACAUGGAUAAUGGACGUCCCGAUCACGACGAAAUCGUUAAGACUAUCAUUUUGUAUUUUCCCGUAAUGCCACUUAUGCAGUUUUUCAUCUUCUUCGCUUGGCUGACAUUCGGCAGAAUGGCAGUCAAUCCAUUCGGGGAGGAUGAAACUGACAUUGACCUUGAAUCAGUUCUUGAAGCUCACAUUGAGGACUAUAAACGUCUAGGAACUUUGUAUACCCAAAAUUUGGAAGACUUGUUCCCCGAUUUGCCCCAAAAGAGAUUCUUUGAUGCGGCUCUAGAGGCUUUAGAGAACAAGAAGGACCAGAAAGAUAAAAGUGAGUCAAAAACAAAAGCCCGGGUUGAUCCACUAGUAAUUCCUGUCACACAACCCACGACAUCAUUACAUAAAGUCGCCUCAUCCCCCGUAUUCAGUGCAUUCUCUGCGUUCGGAGAAAGGCCGAGAGACGGGAGAAGAUUUCGUGAACCGUCGCCGUUCGCUUUUGACAGAAAUUCUACAGCCAUCACAAUCGAUGACGAUAAUAUUGAAAUGAAAUCGCUUAUUGUCCCUAUUGACUGAUAGAUUCCCAAAGUGAUGCUGGUUCCAAAAUGCAAUGCCAUGACUCUUGUGUUACCCAUGUAAUUUAAUAGUUUUUAAAAUCAACUUUAUACACUGCACUAUUUCACAAAAAAAUGAGUUGGGCAAA